GUUUUGCAGGGUAUCUUGGGACAUUUCUUCAGGUCGGCAGCAGCAAACCCAAAGCAGAAACCGGUCUCCGGCUCUGACGUGCUUAUUGAAACCCUGGUCGGCGACGUGUCGGCCUGCGGCGGGUUUCAUACCUAUGGGGUCACGACGCAGAACAACGGACAGAUGAAGUUCCACAUUCCACACAUGCUACAGCGGAGUGAGCGGCCUGAGGCCCCAGGAUCCGACCUGGGUGGGGCAGCGGAAUUUGCCAAGGAGGCCCUGGGUCUGAAGCCGGGGAUGUUGCGCAUGUACACAAAUGAAUUCCAAGCGACCUUUGGUGGGGGGUUUUACGGCAGCAACGGCUUGAUUCAGAACAGUGGAGAGAUGGAAUUCACCAACUGCAGCAGCAAUCAGGACGGUGGUGGAUUUUACGUCGAUUCAGAGAUGAUGCAGAACGGAGGAAACUUGGAGUUCCACGAUUGCCGCAGCCAAGGGAAUGGUGGGGGACUCUUCGCAAACGUCAUGAUGCAGAAUGGAACCAUGGAAUUCCAGAACUGCAGUAGCCAAGUGGAUGGCACGGAGACCAAGUUUCUCAAAGAUGUUGGUCUGUUGAGUCUGUUGGCUGAACGCACCAAGAGGACCUUUGAAAAUCCUCAAGUCAAGGAAGACAACUUCGUGCGAAGAGAUAGAUUCAACCUUAAGAAGGCAAGCGAGAUCCUCCGAAAAUAUGCUUCGGACUGUGAUGGGCAAGUAGGCAUUAUUCAACUGGCCAUGGCAGAGACAAAG